AAAGAAUGAGGUUUAGCCUUGGCCAUCAAAGCCACCCCUGAUUUCACCAUGAAGUCCAAUGGCAUCUUCCCUCUUGUGGUGCUUCUUGCCCUGGGAACUCUGGCACCUUGGACUGUGGAAGGUGUUGAAAAGUUGUCUUUGAAAGCUGGACUCUGCCCUCCUAGAAAACCUGCCAAUUGCUUUAGAUAUGAGCCACCUGAGUGCAAGAGUGACUGGCAGUGUCCAGAGCAGAAGAGAUGUUGCCCUGAUAUUUGUGGCAUCAAAUGCCUGGAUCCUGUUGCGAUCUUAAAACCAGUUAACGAGAAGCCUGGGAAGUGCCCGGUGGUCCAUGGUCAAUGUAAGAUGUUCAAUAUCCCCAAUUACUGUGAAAAGGAUGGCCAAUGUGAGGGUGACUUCAAGUGCUGCAAAGGCAUUUGUGGGAAAGUCUGUGUGGCCCCUGUGAAAGCUUGAUUCCUGCCCUGUGAUCUGGGAGCUCCCUCUCUGUCCCCUGCUUGGAUCACUGGGGCACUCCAUGGUGAAGACUUGGUUCUGCCGCCAACACCUUCUUUGGGGAACUGCCAGGAAAUGCUCGCUGAUUGGUGAAUGAAUAAAUGAGUAUAUUUCUCUCUGCA